GUGAUUAACGAGUAGUUUAAGUGUGUGUUGAAUGGUCUCAAUAAUUAUUGAAAUAUAUAAACUCGCAUUGGUCAUUGUGUCCAAUCACUGUUUAUACGUUUCUGCCACGUAUUAUCAUUCUUAUUCUCAUUCUCAGAUAAACAUCUACACAAUUUAACAAAUAAACUGAAUUACGAAAAAUAAAAAUGGGCAAAUUACCAUUUUUAUUGAUGGUAUUCCUGGUCGCGAAUCACCAUCAAGCACACGCUGGAUUCCCAAGUCUAAACACAAUGAUGGGCUGCGUAGAUGUAGCUACAGAUUUAUAUUCUGGAAUCAGUGACUCUAUUAAAUUGUUUAGCGAACCACAGAACGUGUCAAUUCCCUCAGUAAUUCAAGAUAACGCACAAAUAGUUGAGGCUUCUAAAAACAAAUUCAAUACUCUAAAUCAGCUCAAUAGUUCAGUUUCAGAAAUAAACGACAAUGCAGAUGCACUACACAACAAUGUUGGAGUUAUUAACAGAAAUGUUGGCGAUCUAAUUGAAAGUAGUGUCCGUAUAGACAACAAAUUGACAAACGUAUUGCAUAAGAUGGAUUAUAUUAUAAACCAAUUAGCAGUAAUUCCGUCGGCUAUUUCUUCAAAAAUGAAUGAAUUACUAAAAUCGUUGGCAAAGAGAUUAUUAAAUAAGCAGUAUAUGAAUGCAGGGAUGAUAAAGUUGAGUCAAUCUAUUACGAGAAUUGACCAAUGGUUUAAUCUAUUUUUGGAUUGUCUUAAUCUGCAAAAGCCGCUUCUAUCAAGUACAGUAGACAACAUCAUCAAUGUUAUUACAAGUGACAACGCCUUUAGUUUGAAACAUACUCUUGAUCAUAUGUAUAGUAUGUUUACUGCGGAGAAAGAUUCUACGACUAUUUUUUCUAGUUUACUUGUCUUUGUCACUCAAAAUGAACAGUACUUGGAAUUUGGUGAAAAAUGUGAUUUGCAAUUAUCAUUCCAAGAUCAUAUAAAAAUAAUUUAUAACCUUGUAGCUGCCAGUGAAAUACGUGGAUUCAUUAUGACUGUGUAUGCUUAUCAUUAUAAACAAAUACAAUCUAACUAUACAGUAAGUUACACCGGAGAAUUGGAAACCGCUGUGAGAUAUACAUUGAACCAUAUAAAAGGAUACUUACAAGCAAUGAAAAAAGCCACGGAAAAAUCAUCGGCUGAAAUUUAUCGCUGUGAUCAACAAAAACAUAUUAUAGACGACAAUUGUUUCCGCUUGGAUUCGCUUUUUGGACUCUACUACCUAAAUGCCAAACAGCUCGACGAAAACUGCAUCAUUCCAAAAAACCUUAAUUUGGAAAAUGUAGAUAUAAGUCAUCUCAGCUCGCCGUCAGCUUUCAUAAAAACUUAUACACCGAAAUAUAAAUGUAAUGGAAGAUUACACAAUUGUACCAAUGCCAAUCCUAUGUCAUUUUGUGAAUCUAGAAUAGGAACUGGGCGACGAUAUGAAUGGAUAAGUGAAGAAACUGGUCUCAUAAAAAUACAAGAUUGCCGUGGACGUUAUAUCGAUACAUUAGUCUACUCUGAAUGUCAAAAUUUAAUAUGUCAAUGUUCAGAAGAAGGACCAAGAACACAAGCAACACGAACUAUCAGUUUGCGACCACAAUGUUCUGACAUUAAAAAUAAUAAGGUUGUCACGAACGUUCGACUCCGCAAGAAGGAUAAUGUUGUUCACAUACAGAUCCAACAAGGUGCACUACUAAAUGAAGGUCGUAUAAAUACAAGUACUCUGGAAUGGGUUCCACUUGGAAAAUUCUCUCAAAUAAAUUCCGACGAUGGGGAAAUAGAGUUGGUUUGGUCAAAUGGCACAAUGCAGGAAACGCUUAUUCAUAACCAAGAUUACACAUACUUGAGUUACAAUCGUGCACAGUUAAAUAUUGAUGACAUUACGGUUGAAAAGGAUUACAUCGUUACCGGAGUCAAGUUCAGCCCUGAACAUCCAAAUACAAGAAACGGGUCGAAUUUAAGUCCAAUACAAUUAGAAAUCCAUACUACGCGAUUUGAUUAUUAUGAGGGCAAACUACUUCUUGGAAAUGAUUACACUAGUGAUUAUUGUAAAAAUGAUGUUGCCGGACCAUGGAAGUGGAUGAAUGCAAAACAUGUCGACGCGAACAAGAACACAAGAUAUAGAUGGCAAAGGGAGGAAUUAGAUAUGUCUGAUAAAGAUAAUCCAUUAAAAGGAGUAAACAAUGAAAUUGAUUCAAGUGCGAAUGAACGUGUAACAUUCCAACCGACAAGUUAUAAAAAAGAUUUCGGACAAUCGACAGUCCCAUACUUUGACUCGCGACCCGCUAUUAUAAAAUCUGGUGUAGCACUUGGUGGAAUUGGUCUCACUCAUCGUGCUGCUAAAGGUUACGGCGGAUUCAUUGCACCAAAAGUCUUCACUCUUAAUCAUGUAGAUUAUAUUGAUUAUGACAUUGAUGUAAAUGCUAAAGUCACUGAAAUAGUUGAAAAACUAGGAAAGGAAGAAGAGAAGAAAACAAACGACUACGAUGAAUAUAAUUCUUUUUAAUUCAAUGUAAAAUUUUUAUGUUAUAAUAUUAUAAAUCGAUUUCGUGUAUAAUGUAACGAAAUUUUAAAUUUGAUUGUGAAUAAAGAGAGAUAGAAGUUUAA